AUGUCUUCUCCUCGGCCUACCUCUCCCGUCAACUCGCCCCCGGCCUCGGGCGUCAGCACCGGCCGCCCUUCAUCCCCGCCGCCUCCAGGUGGUGCGCGAACUGCGAUCCGCCGCCGAGCGGCUGCUGACCAGAAGGAGAAGAUUGCCAAUGUGCGGCCCAGCAGCACGAGAGCUGCCGGUGCCGGUGGUAGCUCUAGCACCAUGCUGAGGCUCUACACCGACGAGUCUCCCGGCCUGAAGGUCGACCCCGUCGUCGUACUGGUUCUGUCUCUGGUCUUCAUCUUCAGCGUGGUGGCUCUGCACAUCAUUGCCAAGAUCACUCGCAAAUUCUCAAGCUAA